AUGGUGGUGGUUGUAGGAAAUUCAGUGAGUGGACGAGACAUAUCCAUGGAGCUCGUGGGUGUGGCAAAAGAAAUCCAUCUAAGUGUCAAAUCUCUUGAUAUUUCUGAGGGUCUAUCUAAAGUCAUUUCCAAACACCACAACUUGCAUCUUCAUCUGCAGAUUGAAUCCCUUCAUGAAGAUGGACGAGUAGUAUUUGUAGAUGGGUCUUGGGUCUUGGCAGACACUAUCAUAUACUGCACCGGGUAUUCAUAUGCCUUCCCAUUUCUUGACACCAAAGGAAUAGUAGGAGUGGAUGAUGACAGAGUAGGCCCAUUGUAUGAGCACACCUUCCCUCCAUCCCUCGCACCCUCUCUAUCUUUUGUGGGCAUUCCCAGGAAGAUCCUAGGUUUCCCUUUCUUUGAAUCACAAGCAAUAUGGAUAGCUCAGCUGCUGUCUGGGAGAAAAACAUUACCAUCAUUCCAUGAAAUGAUGCAGUCCAUUGAAGACUUCUAUCAGUCAAGAGAUGCCGCUGGCAUUCCAAAGCAUCAUACUCACGAUAUUGCAGAUUUUGAGUACUGUGAUAAAUAUCUAGACAAUGUUGGGUUUCCACACUUGGAAGAAUGGAGGAAGGAGCUAAUCUUAUCAGGCAUAGGAAAUGCCCAAGUCAACUUGGAGACUUUCCGUGAUGCUUGGGAUGACCAUGAGCUGUUGCAAGUGGCUCUUCAGAGCCCUCAUUUCACCCAAUCCCUUCAAUCCCCAUCUCAACAUUUUCCGUAG